AUGAAAAUAACAGAUAAAAUAAAUGCUCAUCAAUCAACAGAUCCUUUCUUUUCUUUCGAAUAUUUUCCUCCAAAAACAGAUGAUGGUCUAUCAAACCUUUUUGACAGACUUAAGCGCAUGUCUUUUUUAGACCCUUUGUUCGUUUCUUUCACAUGGGGUGCUGGAGGUAGUACAUCAGAGAGGACGACAGAAAUGUGUACAACAGCUCAAAGCCUUUAUGGUUUAGAAACUUGCAUGCACUUGACAUGUACCAACGUUGUUGAUGAGAUUGUGGAAGAAGCAUUGAAAGAAGCUAAAAACUCGGGUAUACAAAAUAUAUUAGCUUUGCGUGGCGAUCCGCCACGCGGUCAAGAACAUUGGACACCGAAUGAUGAAAAUUUUAUACAUGCGAUUGACUUG